ACGUUCCCCGUGGGCACUGACGUGCGCGCGGCGUGGUGGCCUCUGCAUUUCGCCUCCUCCUCUCCAAGUCGCCAGAACAAAAGGAGAUCUCGGGGCCGGGGACCCCUCCGGAGUCCGGAUCGAGAGGAUAUAUCGGAGCCGAUCGCUAUCCGGCGCGGAGGGGCGUGUCGCGCGCGCGCGAUGGCGGUGGUGUCGGCGUUGGCCAAGUACAAGCUGGUGUUCCUCGGAGACCAGUCCGUCGGCAAGACCAGCAUCAUCACCAGGUUCAUGUACGACAAGUUCGACACCACCUACCAGGCUACGAUUGGCAUUGACUUUCUGUCAAAAACGAUGUAUCUUGAAGACCGCACUGUCCGUCUACAGCUCUGGGAUACAGCGGGACAGGAGAGAUUUAGAAGCCUUAUUCCAAGCUACAUCAGGGACUCGUCUGUUGCAGUGGUUGUUUAUGAUGUAUCCAAUAGGCAGUCCUUUCUGAACACCUCAAAAUGGAUCGACGAAGUCCGAACCGAGAGGGGUGGUGACGUGAUCAUUAUGCUAGUUGGGAACAAAACUGAUCUUGUCGACAAGAGACAAGUUUCGACAGAAGAAGGGGAGAGCAAGGCGAAAGAACUCAACGUUAUGUUCAUCGAAACCAGCGCGAAAGCCGGGUUCAACAUCAAGCCGCUGUUCCGCAAGAUCGCCGGAGCGUUGCCGGGGAUGGAGACGCUCUCGUCGGCGAAGCAGGAGGACAUGGUGGACGUGAACCUGAAGCCGACCUCCAGCCAGUCCAACUCGCAGCAGCAGGCGGGGGGAGGAUGCGCCUGCUAGAGUGAUUGCUGCUAGUUCUGCACAUACACUCGCUUGACAAACAUGUUGUGACGCAGUUUCAGGAGUGGUGCUGCUGCCCUUUGCUGAUGCUUCUUCUGUAGUGGAUCUGAAGGCCAUGUCUUUAGUUUGUUUUCUUUUUCCACCUUGAGUUUAUGUACGACGAAAGACUUGAUGAUCUCUUGCAGUUUCACGCCUGCUGCUACCAAUGUUUCAGAUUUUUUUUUGAAACGAAAAGUUUCACCACUAUUCAGCUCCUGUGUCCGUUCCUUUCUCAGAAACCAACUGAGCUGAUGCAUUCUUCAUUGAGCAACUAUACUUUUUUUUAUUUACCUUUUAUGCAAGAGUGAUUAGCUCACUAAUAUGCAGGGCUCACAUAA